AUGAUGGGCUCAGAGAACGACGACGAGGCCCAUCUCCACGCCUCCACGGAGGAUAUGGAGAAUCUCUUCCUCCGCGACGGCGAUAAAUCAAACUCCGACCCGCUCUCUCCACAUCCGAUCACCGUCGCUACUCCGGCCGACUCCGAUCCACUCUCCGCUACGCCUCAAUCGAAACCAAACGGCGGCGACAGCAGGUCCUACAUCGAGCCUCCCUCUUACGCCGACGUCAUCUUCAGCCCUUUCGACGACAACUCCGAGAUCAACGGCUCAGACGAUACUCACUCCUCAGACUACUCCCUCUCCCGAUCUCCCUCCUCUUCCGCCUCCUCCGAUUACAUCAAAAUCACCGUCUCCAGCCCUCAGAAAGAGCAAGAAACUUCAACCUCCAUGCUCUCCGGAGGAGGUACUUACAUCACCUACCUGAUCGCAACCCGAACCAACCUCCCCGACUACGGCGGAGGAUCCGAGUUCAGCGUGCGGAGACGGUUCAGAGACGUUGUGACUUUGGCCGAUAGGUUAGCCGAGUCCUACAGAGGGUUCUGCAUCCCUCCGAGGCCUGACAAGAGCGUGGUGGAGAGCCAAGUGAUGCAGAAGCAAGAGUUCGUUGAGCAGAGGCGAGUCGCCUUGGAGAAGUACUUGCGGAGGCUCGCCGCGCAUCCUGUGAUUAGGAGUAGCGAUGAGGUUAAAGUGUUUCUUCGAGUGGAAGGGAAGUUACCGCUGCAGGCGAGCGCUGACGUGGCGUCUAGGAUGCUGGAUGGGGCUGUGAAGCUGCCGAGACAGUUGUUUGGGGAAGGAGGAGGAGGAGGAGGAGUUGAGCCGGCGAGAGGGGGUAGAGAUUUGCUGAGGUUGUUCAAAGAGCUUAGACAGUCUGUUUCUAAUGACUGGGGUGGGUCUAAACCAGCCGUUGUGGAGGAAGAUAGAGACUUUGUGGAGAAGAAGGAGAAGAUGCAUGAUCUUGAGCAGCAGAUCAUUAAUGCUUCACAGCAGGCUGAGACACUUGUGAAGGCACAGCAAGAGAUGGGGGAGACUAUGGGAGAGCUGGGAUUAGCAUUCAUUAAGCUGACCAAAUUCGAGAACGAAGAAGCUGUCUUCAAUUCUCAAAGAGCUCGUGCUAAUGAUAUGAAGAAUUUAGCUACUGCGGCUGUGAAAGCAAGCAGGUUUUACAGAGAGUUGAAUUCUCAGACUGUCAAGCAUUUGGACACGCUCCACGAUUACCUUGGCCUAAUGAUGGCGGUCCAGGGCGCGUUUGCGGAUAGAUCUAGUGCCUUACUGACAGUGCAGACGCUUUUAUCUGAGCUUUCUUCACUGGAAGGGAGAGCAGAGAAGCUAGAAGCUGCGUCGUCAAAGGUAUUUGGCGGUGACAAAUCAAGGAUUAAGAAGAUAGAAGAGAUAAAAGAAACAAUCAGGAACACCGAGAACGCCAAGAAUGUAGCAAUCAAGGAGUACGAGCGGAUCAAGGAAAAUAACUGGAGCGAGGUUGAAAGGCUAGACAGAGAAAGGCGUGCAGACUUCUUGAGUAUGAUGAAGGGGUUUGUUGUUAGCCAGGUUGGAUAUGCAGAGAAGAUCGCCAGUGUGUGGACAAAGGCUGCAGAGGAGACUAGUCAAUACGAUAGAGAGAGCUCUUAACACGGAGCAGCCUUAUUCUUCAUUCAUGGUUUUGAGCUUUAAGACCAAUUUUUACUUUGCUUUCGUAGAGUUACACUUGUCGUUUCGAUUGUGUAUAUGUUUAUCUGAAUUGGGUGUUAAAAAAAGUCGAGCAACAAACAAAUAAUCUGAUAAGGAACCAUAUAGAAGCUACACUGUACCGCUUUGCCGAUAUAAGAGAAAUGAUCUGAUAA